CCCGAGUGAGGAGAAGCAGCUCAGAAAAUGGAUGGAUGGAACUUAAGCUCACCUGACUCGUCAGUGUUCAUGGUUUAUGUUAACUCGCUCAUUUUUGUCUUAGAUAAGACGGAACAGGUCGACGUGUGAGUGAUGUAAAUGAUGCGGAACGAUCAAAGUAUCAAAUGAGUCACUUCAUUGUGUCACACAUUGCAUUGUUUUUUUUAAGCGUGUUCGUUUUUUUGUUUUGGUCUGGUCGUUCCUUCGUGCUGAGCCGAAUGUUUCCGGAAAGUGCCGAAGCUGCCCCCCCCCCCCCCCUCCACCACCCCGCAAGCAGACAGGAAGCAACAAUAUGGCGGCGGCGUUAGCGGAGUUAGCCCGUGAGCUCGUCGUAGCCUGAACGCGGGCGAGCAGUCACCAUGAGCCUCUGCGCGCAGCUUUUACGACAGGCAGAGGCCCUGAAGGCGGACAUGACAGACUCUAAGCUGGCGGCGGCCGAGGCGUGGACGUCCCGCCAGGCUCUGCAGGACUUGUACCAGAAGAUGCUGGUCACGGACCUGGAGUACGCUCUGGACAAGAAGGUGGAGCAGGACCUGUGGAACCACGCCUUCAAGAACCAGAUCACCACCUUGCAGAGCCAGGCGAAGAACCGGGCCAACCCCAACCGCAGCGAAGUGCAGGCCAACCUGUCCUUGUUCCUGGAGGCGGCCAGCGGCUUCUACACUCAGCUGUUACAGGAGCUGUGCAGCGUCUUCAACGUUGACCUGCCGUGCCGCGUCAAGUCUUCGCGGCUGGGCAUCAUCAGCAACAGGCAGAACGGCGGCGGCGGCGGCGGCAUCGUGACACCGCAGCCCAGCUCGUGCUCGUACAUCUGCCAGCACUGCCUGGUGCACCUGGGCGACAUUGCGCGCUACCGCAACCAGACCAGCCAGGCCGAGUCUUACUACCGACACGCCGCCCAGCUGGUCCCGUCCAACGGUCAGCCGUACAACCAGCUGGCCAUCCUAGCGUCCUCCAAAGGAGACCAUCUAACUACCAUCUUCUACUACUGCCGCAGCAUCGCCGUCAAGUUCCCCUUCCCCGCCGCCUCCACCAACCUGCAGAAGGCGCUGUCCAAGGCGCUGGAGAGCCGCGAGGAGGCGAGAGGCAAGUGGAGCGUGUCCGACUUCAUCAAGGCCUUCAUCAAGUUCCACGGGCACGUGUACCUGAGCAAGAGUCCGGAGGAACUGGACUCUCUGAGGGAACGUCUGGAGGAGCAAUUCCAGAGGCUGAUGCUGCAGAAGGCCUUCAGCUCGCAGCAGCUGGUGCACAUCACAGUCAUCAACCUGUUUGAGCUUCAUCACCUCAGAGAGACGGCAGCCGACGGUCAGCAGACGGUCAGCUGGUUCCAGCUACUCAGUCUUUUCAUGUCCUUCCUGGGCCUCAUGUGCAGCCGGGUUCUGCUCAACAAGAACCGGGAGGAGGCGGAGGUGGCGGGAGAGUGUCCCCUGCCGGCCAUCAAAGUUUCUCUGGACUGGCUCCGCCUGAAGCCCGGUGUGUUCCGCGAGGCCGCCGUGGACCAGAGGCAGCACGUCUGGCCCUGGCUGGUUUCCAUCCUCAACAGCUUCCAGCCCAAAGACCAGCACGUGUCCACAUACUCAGCGACGCCGCUGCCGGAGGAGUUCGAGCUUCAAGGCUUCCUGGCUCUCCGUCCGGCACUCAGGUCAGUGGACUUCACCAAAGGCCACCAGGGCGUUCCGGUGGACCGCGACGUGCUUCUGCUGCGCACGCGUCACCAGAGACUGGUGGCGCUGGGAAAGUGGAUCACUGACAACCAGCCGGGGCUCAUCCAAUGUCGUGCCGGCGAGGACGGCCUGCUCCUUUUCAUCAGCGACAUUCCUGAGCAGGCCAUCGACGAGCCGGCGGAGAAGGAUCCGUGCGUGCUGCAGGAGGCGUCCAACGGCGAGCAGGCGCUCAGCGAGGGCGGCAACGCCGGCCUCAAGUCGGUGCUUUCGGCGGGCAAAGCUCCCAGUUCGUGGUCGAACGGCGCCGAGCGGCCCGUCGUCACCUUCAAGGAAAACAUCAAACCGCGCGAGCAGAGCCGGGAGCCCGCCAGCCGCGGGCCUCAGCAGAAGGACGCCGGAAAGGAGCGGCGGGACUUGGCCAAAGGAAACGGGACGGCGGGGAAAAGCGAGCUGAAGAGAGACGGCAAGAGGAAGUGCGAGAACAAGAAAGGUGCUCAGGAGAAAGUUCCCGAUGCUGGGAAGCUGGUGAAAGGUCAGACGGAACUGAGGAAGACUCCGGUGUCGGAAGCCAAGAAGACUCCUGCUACUCAAAGUCAAGCAGCCACGUGCUCUUCCCAGUUUAUCCCGAUCCAUCAUCCAGGAGCCUUUCCGCCUCUGCCUAGUCGCCCUGGCUUCCCUCCGUCCGCCUUCGUCAUCCCUCCCCCGGUGGCGUUCCCGGGCCUGCAGGUGAAUCCGGGCUUCGCCUUCUCCACGAGCGUGUCGGUGCCGGGCCCCUUCCUUCCGCACGCGCAGGCGGGCUCGCAGGUGGCCGGCGGCGGGAAGCAGUCCCACAUCCCGUACAGUCAGCAGAGGCCGUCGGGGCCCGGCUCCUCGGGACCGGGCCAGCAGCAGCCCCCCUCCCAGCUUCAGGUGACGUCGCCCGCCAAGCCCGUCCAGCAGGUCGGGAUGGCCAAGAGUCCGCCCCACCUGCAGCAGGCCUUCCUGCAGGAUCCGCAAUUGUGGAGUCCCAGUCAGGCGGUGCUGCAGAAGCUUCCGGCGUCUGUUCACAUCCAGUCCCUGAAGCCGCAAGCCUUCUACUUGGCGCCUCCGGACGCCAUCAAAGUGUUCGAACAGCAGAUGGCGCCGCCGCACGCCUCCACCGUGGACAAAAAGAUGAAGUUCCCGCCCUACUGGGACCCCUCCUCCUUCAGGCCCACAGACGACAGGAUGAAGAGGCCCCCGCCUCCCGAGCAGGACCCCACCGGGCCCAGGGGACCCACUUUUGACGACAGCAAAAGCUCGCCUCUCCUCCCUCCCGACCUCUUCAAAUCUCUGGCCCAUCUGGAGGAAGAGGACGAGCUGCUCUUUUCUAAGCCUCCCGAUUUCUUCCAGGCUCUGUCCGCUCCUCUUAGCUCGCUUCCUGGACCAAAUAUGUUUCUGCCCAAUCACAGCAGACAGACGGACUGUGGCCCUGAGGUGCUCGGCCAGUCGUCUUCACUCUUGCCUGUGACUGGCCUGCCCGUGCAGGAGUACAACCAGAACAGCAUCUUCAGUCAGGCGUACGGGAAAAAGGUGGCGUCCGGCUCGAAGUGCGACGCUCCCAUGAUGCACCAGGAGACGUCGCUGUACUCUCUGUUCGAGUGGACGCCGUGGUCCCCCUCGCUGCCCGCAAGCUCAGAUCACUCCACCCCAGCCAGCCAAUCCCCUCACUCGUCCAACCCCAGCAGCUUGCCGUCCUCCCCGCCCACCCACACCCACAACCACGCCGUCGCCACUGCGCCCUUCUCCAACUUCGGGCCCAUCGGCACGCCAGACAGUCGCGAGCGCAGAACGCUCGACCGCUGGAAGUCCGACAAGACAGGUGCAGGUGGUGUGAGCGGCUUCGGGUUGGACUACCUGCCGGCCGCCACCGGCGGUUCGGAUGCUGGCUGGCAUCAAGCCCCGCCCGGCGGAAGCUCUUGGACCAAUCAGGAGUCCCCUAUGGAAGAGUCGUCCUCCAGCGUGCUGCUGGACAGCUUCAAGUCGAUCUGGUCCAGCUCCAUGAUGCAGCCCGGCCCGUCGGCACUGGAGCAGCUUCUGCUGCAGCAGAAGCAGAAACAACAGCGAGGACACGGAGCCAUGAACCCGCCGCACUGACCCGCACCACAUCACCAUGACAACACUUUGAUAAGCACCAGCAACCAUUGACACAUGGUGGACGCUGGGGUGGGGGUGUGACACCCCCAAAACACCAGGAUGAAACUCCACCCGCGGCCGCCUCCACUGAAGAGGAGCCAGCCGGACGCCGACGAUGGGCAUCGCGCGCAUGUCAUUGCAAACAAAACACACUGAAUUGAAUAUACACACACACACACACACACAGAACAAAAGCACAGACACAAACAUAGACACGCACACACGUGUAGUGGACAGGCAGGACACGUUUGUCCACGCCGGAUGUCCUUGAAGUCCACAUGAGGCUUUUUGCGUCUUUGGCGAGUAGGGGAGCGAGGACCUUGCAGUGGUCGGGUGACCUGGAGAUUGAACUCCACACUGAACUUUUUGUUUCCUUGCUGAGGAAGAGGAGGAGGUGUAAAACAUAAAUGCGCGAAAGGUGAAAGCCGGCGUGCUGGAUGUAGAAAAUGGCGUAGGUAGUGCAUUGUCGUUAGCAGUCUUUUAGUGUGGCAGCUGCUGUAAUAACCUGGCUCGCUAGCUAGCUUAGCCCACAUGAACUUUUAUUCCUCUUCACGCCAUUUCUCAAGCAGACAAGAAGUUGUCUGGACUCAAACUUUUUAAUGACUCGUCACUUUUUAAGCUAAAGCGAGUGACGGAAGCUUGGCCGAGGACGAUGGAGGGACAUUUUUUUUAAAUGUAAGCAACCAAUCGGAAGGCGACAGCAUGUGACGGCUGACACCAAGCCCCGCCCCCUCUUAGUGCAUGUUGUCCAUGAAGCGGAAACCCUGAUGACGUCCGCUUCCGGCACGUAUGAACUUUUAAAUCCGAAUAAUCACACGAGGAAGACCAAGUGGUUGUGAAAAGGAGCUGCUUCUGCUCACUUGUCCUUUUUUUUUUUUUUUUUUUUUGUCUUUACUGCCAAUAAAUAGGAAAUCUCUCGUGCUACAUGCUGAGCUAUGUGUAAUUUCUCAACGAUCAGCAGUUGUGUGUAGAAAAUGUCACAUAUAUACAGUAAAUGAACAAGUCAUUUAAAUAAACACAUUGCUCCAUCUUGUGAUCGCCCCCCAAAAUCCUAAUCGUGUAAAGCCUAAUUAUUUUGCCAUCAAAAGCCUUGUUUUUGUGGUUUUAUGGUUUGAGGUGUCGCUAAAGCAAAAAAUAUUUGCGUCAAAGAUGGUGGUCUGCUUUUGGCAAAUGCUGGUUUUCUCCGGCCUUUGCUUAGAAACCGAUAUCUUUGGCGAAACCAACCCGUUCUACUGCUAAUUACCAAAGAAGGGAAAACGCUAGAAACAAACUUUGUCCUGAUAAAAGAAGUUUUGGUACAUUCGGCGCUUACAUUGUGACAGAACACAAUAUUCCCUGGGUGUGGAAAAAUAUCAGCGUUGUGUAAAACGGCCGCUACCAAUGUUCUGGAAACGUCUGUUUGAAGGCGCCGUCUUUGCGGCCGUCCCCGAUCCACGGCCCCCUCCAGUGACACGCCGCGGCCGUUCGGGUCCUGAUGGCUUCGGCGGACCGCGACGACGUACCUGCCGGAAGACGAGCCCAGAUUAGCACGAGUAAAGAAGCGUUAGCUGUCUUCACCUGCGUUCAGAAUGUGUGGCGGUGGGGGGGUUGUCUUUGGCCCUAUCAGCAGCCACGGCAACCAAAAAGUGACUGGACGAAUGCUUCAUGAUUGCAGCUAGCAGCGUUGGCGUCGAACAAAUGAGUGCUUCGUGAAGUUGGUUUUCACCAGUGGCCCAGAGGAGUUCAGGGACAUAUCCGCUCUUAAAACGAGCCAAUUAACCCAUCCGGACAGACGUGUUAUUAACACACCAGAGAUCUGCUGUAAAUUAGAGGGGGGGAAUGCAUUACACGUCUCCUUUAACAACUUCAGUUGUCAUCAUUCAUCAUCACUCACGUCUUCAUCACAAUGUUGGGAAUGAACUUUAUACUCCGUUUCUACUUUGGAAUUCUGUGGGAGUAUUGUUUUGUUUUGUGAAGUCUGUGAGUCUCGCGUGACUUUUGAAGCGAGUUAUCAUUUCCGGUCAGGAGUCGCGUUUCAAGCACAGAUAUGUUUAUGUAGAUGAGAAGCACUCCGUGCCGACGGCGACGCAAAGCUAAGGUCAGUUGUCAGCGCGUUACGUGUUUAUAGACUGCAAGAAAACCGGAAGAACAAAAGUACCUACACACUGUGCUGCGUACGGUUUCGUAAAAAUGCCGUACAAUUACAAAAAGGGAACUGGUAGUAACCUUUCACAUGUAAAAAUAUUUUGGGGUGGAGAUUUUUUUCAAAUGUUUUGCAUUGAUAGCUUACGCUUUAGUCGUUGAUCCCGGACGAGCCCUGAACCUGACCUUCUUUAGGCCAGCCGUGGCCCAAUGGUUAAGAUCAUCGCCUGCCACCGUGGGGGACCUAGGUUCAAGACCCCGACUGGACCAUCUGCCAACCUCCCCCGGACUCACGGCUGUGGUGUCCUUGAGCAAGACACUGAUACCCCGAAAUGCCCCCCGGGCGCUUCAGCUGCCCCCUGCUCCAGUGUGUUCCACUAACGUGUGUGUGUGUGUGUUCACUGUGAUGUGUAGAAUGCAGAGCAUUGUACAUGCAUGCAUGUUCAUGACAAUAAAAGCUGAUUCUUC